AUGUCAAUUAUCCAGCAGCAUACGAGCGCGACGCUCGGUGACGCAUGGCGCACCAUCAACAUCGACGCCCUGAAUGAAGACUCCAGCGUCAACUUCGACACCUCGACUCUGCAUCCCCCACAGCCCGAGAUCGACGAGGCGGAAGUGCGCCAGCUUUCUGGGCAGAUCAGGCAGCUUCUGAGAGGCGGUGAUGCGGAGGGAGCUUUGAGGGGCAGCUUGGAGACGCCAGUAUACAACGGAACGGACGCAGCCAAGGACGCUCAUCUGCACACUAUCAUUGAGGUCCUCCAGUCGAUCAAGGCAAGCGACAUGUCCCCCUUACUGAAGAGCAUCUGUGGAUCUGAGGGCGGCUCUGAGUGCCUGGAUGUCCUGAUGAAGUAUAUCUACAAAGGAAUGGCUACGGUUCACCCUGGAACAGCUUCUCGAUCACCAAACAAGGUUACACCUCAAUCGACGGGAGGUUUCAGCCAAAUCGCCGGGCGACCUGGCUCGAAUGAGCCCGCCACUGCAGCUAUGAGUGUGCUCCUGAGCUGGCACGAGAAGGUCGUUGAAGUCGCUGGUCUGGGAUGCAUCGGCCGAACAAUGACCGACUGGCGGAAGGUUUAG